AUGGAUGUCGAGGGGGACGGGGGAAUGGAAGCUGCCCAAGGGGAGGAAAGGGGGUCUCGCCCGUUCUGCGUUUACACCCAACGAAGCUCUUAUCCCUGGCUAGUUGACAUUUUUAAACGACGUUGGCAAAAUUUCAAAAUCCGGUGGCAAAAUUUGAUGAAAUGGGAACCAGCCCAUAAAGCCGCGUGUGUCAGAAUUCUCAAAAAAGUUCCCGGUUUACGGCAAAGUGCCCAAGCUGGGAUGCAUGUUUUAGCAAGGGCCUUCUGGAUGCUCGUGUUCGUAUUGUGCGUGUUCAUUGUGUACUACAUCAUCAGAGAAGGCAUCCGGAGAACAAUGGGGCAUCCACUGACGGUUACCAUCGAAACUGAGGAAAUAAAUAUUGGUGAUGCUAAAUUCCCGCAAGUUGGAAUUAGUCCAAAUGGUGGUUUUAAGUUGAGAUAUAUGCGUCAAGCUUGGAAAAACUACUUCGAGGAAUGGGAUGGAAAAGAAGUCCGGCUUAAAGAUGGCCGUAAAUGGAGCAAAAACGAAGUUGAAGGAAUAAUGAAGGUCAUCUAUCAUACCUGUCAUCCAGGUACCACCAAUGCACACAAAAAUGGCGUUAACAUACCAGAAGAUGUAGAUGAAAUGUUUGGUGAGAACACUAAAAUCCAGGGAACUCACUUGGACAAUCCUGAAGAAGCAGGAAUGAAAUCGAAGGUUAUUCCACUCAUGAAAGAGGGAAUGAUAAACUGCGAUGAGAUCAUAAGGGGGUGCCUUUUAAAUGGGAAAAGCUAUGACUGCAAAGUUUUAUUUAAAGAACAUUUUUCGGAAUGGGGAAGCACAUGUGUUUUCAAUGGAAUUCCCACAGAGGCGACACGACGAAAUGAAACAAUUCAAUCUAAACUAGGAGGCAGCACCAAGGAAGAAAUUAAGGAAUGGGAGCAAGCCGACUUAGACGAAGAUGUUGCUAAUGUGGAAAAGAAAAAUGAUACGAAGCACCGCCCUGCGGUUCCCUGGAGGCAAAUGGCUCCUGGUAAGUCAUCCGGGUUGACCUUUGUCAUAAGGGAAAAUCUGGAGGAUAGAGCCUGCGUUCACAGUGAUGAUACUGGCUUCAUGUUGGCUGUAAAUAAUCCAAGAGAUGAGCCACAGAUCGAACGAUUUGGAACAUCAUUGCCAUAUGGGAAAGAAAUUUAUGUCUCGCUUUACCCAGAAGUCAUCCUAGCGGAAAAGGACGCCAAAGAUAUUUCCAUGGAUCGACGUGGCUGUUACUUUAGCGAUGACGAAGGUGACGCGCAUUUGGAUUUCUACAAAAAGUAUUCUAGGCAGAACUGCUUGGAGGAAUGUUUCGCCAAAGCAGUUUACGAAAAGUGCAAAUGUGCUAAGGUCUCCUCUCCAGAAGAAAUGCACAACCAAGGACUGAAAGCUGCAUGCCCAAAGUGUCGCCCGAAUUGUCGGGACACCAAAUACCGAACAUCGGUUACCUGGAGUCGAAUGACAGAAGAUCGCAUGAAUUACUACCAGAAAAUGUUCUAUGGCAAAGAUUACAGGGGCAACAGGAAUAUUUCCGUAUCAGUGGUAAAUGUUUACUUCGUGGUUGAUUCGGUACACCCAACACGAAGGAGUGCAAGGUACAGCACCUUCGAGGAAGUUGGCCUUAUCGGUGGGACCGUAUCCAUGAUCACUGGCUUGUCCUUGUUGGACGUAAUUGAGACUCUUGUACUAAUCGCGGUAAUAGUAGUGUCAAAGUAUAAGGUGUGGAAUAAUCUUGGAAGAAUGGGAGGCCCAAGCUUUAAAUGGAAACUAGCCAUCCCCAAGUGCUUUAGACGGAAUAACAGGGUGGCUCCCGAAGAAAUUGAGAUGGCUGAAAUCCCGCGACCUGUCGAAAGACAAGCGUUACCAGGCCCUCGUCGACUCCAUCCGAUGGAGAAUAUGCCUGGAUAUCUUCCAUAA